UACUGACGUUUCAUCAACAGUCACGUACUGAAAAGGAACAGAGCCUAUUAUUACAUACUUCACAACACCUUGGGUAGGCAGGACCGUUGGAAGCAUCUCGCGCUCUACGCUCGUAGCUCCUCACAGAACUUUGAAAGCCAGAUUCUAGUUGCAGCAUGUUACACAUUCGGCAUUCUGUGCCAAUAAAACAUAACCGCGUAGCAUCUAUCUAAUUUUCGGAACUGUUUCGGAAAACAUUUCUAGUCCGCUGAUGCAAUAUUUGCCCCAUUGGAAUGAUGUGGACCUUUCACGACUGUGUUGGAUUUGUUUUCGUUUCCAGUUUCUGUAUCCAAAUUGGAUUCUCAUUUGAAGGAAAGUUCACCGAUCUACCCUCAAAUAUAACGGCAAAGGAAGGUCAAAAUAUUGAAAUGGCAUGUGCCUUUCAAAGUGGAACAUCUUCUGUUUAUUUGGAGAUUCAGUGGUGGUUCAUAAGAGCACCAGAAGAACAAAACACUAGCGAAGAAGACACUGGCACACAGGAGGAAAUUAUGCAAGACAGUGACCCAGACGACGAGGGGACCAAAAUAAGUACAGUCAAGGUGCAGGGAAACGACAUAUCCCACAAACUGCAGAUAUCUAAAGUCGCGAAAAGCGACGAGGGCCUAUACGAGUGCAGAGUCACAGACGCCAACUACGGGGAGCUGCGGGAGUACAAAGUCCAGGCGUUCCUUCAGGUGAACGCCACCGCCCGCCCGCGCAACAAAGCCGCCAAGAAGACGACGCCUUUGCACCUGACCGACAAAAAGCCGAGGAAAAGCACCUCGGCCGUGGCGCAGGACAGUGGAAAGGGCUCCGACCAGCACUCUACCUCCAAUUCCCAGACAACUCCGUCCAAAACGUCAAAACACAGCCCCGGUUCAGGUACGAGGAUAGCUACAAGCCAUGGACUUGCUGCCCUUCUUCUUGUAUGUGGCUUUGUGAGGGGUGCUGUACUAUAGUUUCAAGUGCUGACUUUUUCCAAUACCACUUUCUCUUCUUAAAGCCGAGAGAAAAUUGCCUGCUAUUUCCACAGAACGGACGGCACAGCUGGGCCUACCUUCCGACCACCACUGCUCCCAAUGCAUUCUAAUUACCUACACCAGAAGUACCCUUUUCAAAGGGCAAAUCAGAAGGAUGAACUGUUAAUUUACCACUCCCAACAACCAAAAUAAAAUAUAAUUUCCAGUGUCCACAAAUUACUUACAAUCUUUCACGUUUUAAGAUGUCCUAUUUAUUUAUUUAUUUAUUUAUUUAUUUAAUUUGCAGUGCAUAUGCUUUACUGUGCCAUCUCGCAGAGGUUUCAGUGUCUCUAUAUUGUGUUUAACUAUGACUUAGAUCAUAUUGAGCUCUGUAUUGCCAAAUAUACUCAUGAUGAAUUGCUAUCCACAUUUUUUUUUCUCUUCAAAAUAGCAAAAAAAAAUUGAGUAUGUAUUGUGGUUCAAAAACUGUUCAAUUGCUGAUUACGUUUUGCUUAAAUGUGAGUUGUAUAUGUAUUCUGCAAUUACAGUAAAUAGUCAAUGUUCUUUCCAAUGUAUUCUGUGUUAAUUGCUUUGCCGUACAUACAUCGUUUGGGUUAAUACUUGACUAAACAAAUGUGGACCUGUUUCUUAAGAACAAUUGUUGUUCUUUAUUAAUUAAUAUUAAGAUUAUCAGAAGAUCAGAAGGUCGGGUUUGGUGAUCAGAUCAGGUUUGGUGACCAGAACAGAUUCAUGUUAUGCAGUCAAUUAUUAUUAUUAUUUUUUUGUUUUAUGCUGAUGAUAGUUGUCAUUUUUGACAACAGAUUAUAUAAAAAUGAUAUUCAGUUAUAGUGACCCAUUCCAGAGAAUGAGGUAAUGUGAAUAGCCACAGAGAACAUGCAACAUUGUCACUGCAGGUUGAUUUUAUGAUUUAAUCCUGCAUUCGGUGAACAUGUGCCAUGAUAUUUGUCUCACAAUUAAAUGUCUCUCAGUUA